AAUGAAGCACUGGUGGGGAAAAUGGAGAGAUUCCUUGGGUUACGCUGCGCUACAUGCAUGGACGAGUGCCGCGCUGCGGGAACGACCGGGGCGGCCGGGGCCGGGGAGAGCCGGGGUACUUGCAGGUGCGCUGUAUUCAUAUCAAUAUUUUACAGAUGCAAUCGCGGACGCUGUCUAUCACGAGCUGCGCUUCUGUAAGUUGAGUUCUUAAGUUGAGGAAGGAAUUUGCGAAUGUUAGAACUGAACCUGAUAUUUGCAGAUAUCGAAGGUGAUAGAUCACAGUUGCAGAUGAAGAUGAUUAAAAUUAAUGAUACUUUGUCUGGAAAGAUGCAGGAUUGAAUGGAGGAACAUUUUCAUGGAAAAAACAACAUUGGUGUCAAGAAGAGCAAAGGAGAGAGAGUGAUGUCAAAACAGUGUAUUGAUAUGAAAUCAUUCACUGUUCAGAUGGCUUAAAAUUCCUUAUCAGUAAAUGUUGGAUAAAGUGCUGUAUGCAUUGUAUUUUGAUUUUGCUAACUUGCCUUGCUGAUAUUGGACAGAUUUCAUCCGGGACAUCUUAAGAAUUUCAUAGCCAUGUUUCUGUGAUAACACUCCAGAUUCCACAAUUAUAAGCUCGGAAAGUUCCCGAUUCUACCCACUGGGGUGAAGUUGAAUGAUAUUGGGAACGGCCAAAUUUCAUCAUGAACAUAUUUAGGAUUCGAACACGACGGACUGUCCGUUUUCUCAUUGUAUUUAUAGUUGUGUGCGUGUUGAUGUAUGCUUUCUUAAGCUCAAAGCCAGCAAUUAGUGAUAAGGGACAAAACAUUCCACGAGAAGAUGAUGGUGACUCACAUCUAAAACUCAAUGCUCCUGGGGACCAAAAUAAACAUUGGAAAGAAGAAAGACAUUUUGAAGAAAACAAAGAGGCAGUGAAUGACCCAGUAAACUUUGCUGCUGGUGAACAUGAGCUUAAAAGAAGAGACUGGUAUGAUUCCAGAGCAAUGGAAAAUGACAAGCUAAGAACAGGUCCUGGCGAAAGGGGCAUGGCAGUAAAGUUGACUCCAGACAUGAAGAAAACUGAGAAGAAAGACACGAGUGCUAAUGGUUUUAAUGAAAGGGUCAGUGAUAUGAUCUCACUUGACAGAGCGCUACCAGACAUCAGAAACCAAAGGUGUAAGGAAAUCACCUAUCUUGCCAAGCUGCCCAACGUCAGUGUCAUUAUCCCGUUCCAUAAUGAAGCCCUCUCCACCCUGAAGCGAACCGUUCACAGCGUCUUCAAUCGCUCCCCUCCAGAACUCAUUCAUGAGAUAAUCUUAGUGGAUGAUUACAGUGAUAGAGCUUAUUUAAAAGGACCCCUGGAUGACUACAUGUCUGGGUUUCCUAAGGUGAAGAUUAUCCGCUUAGACAAGAGACAAGGUCUGAUCAGGACCAGACUGCUAGGUGCCAAGCCUGCUACAGGAGAGGUGGUACUCUUCCUUGAUUCUCAUUGUGAGGCAAACUACAACUGGCUACCACCAUUAUUAGGUAAGUCUUAAAAUUCCUUGAAGACAUAGAGGUCAGCAUCCAUAAAAAUUGCCCUGAAAAGGCACCCUAAACAAGGAUUCAAGGGCAAGCCUCUGGGACACUCUAAACAUUGAUUUUAUGCAGAUGUCAUAGAUUUGCGUACCCUAAACAGGAAUUUCAUUAAUUACUCGGAUAUACCCUUAACCAGGAUAUUCCCAUUUUUACACAAGUGAUAUAUGCUCUGUGUUGGCCUAGUAUUGGGAAUCAAAUUGGGUUUGGGUUUGAGAUGCAGAUUUAGGGAUUCCUUUUCAAAUUUGGACUUUAUCAGUUCAGUUCAAUUAAAUUCAAUUUUAUUAAGUCCAUAAAGGAAUACAGGCAGAAAUCUAUGUAAUGCUCAUAUUUGUUACAUAUUGAAGUUCUGCUUCCAGUGGCUUUGGGAGGUGGAUUUCAAAACUAGUUUGAAAGACCACUUAAGUUCGCUUCCUACAUGUAGACUCUUUCGAGCAUUCCCAUUACACAUUUAACUGGUUUCCACUAUAAAACUUUGAAGAAAGUAGAUAUAAACUGCAUCUUAGUUCUCAACUAUAUGUACACUGUAUACCUUGAGUAAGACUUCACAACACAAAUCAUAUGAGUUUGGAAAUUUUAUGUGUAUUCAAAUACAUGCAGCUUCAGGGAAAAAGAGUGUUGGUAGGAAGUGUAAUUUAAGUCUAACACCAUUUCAGCUUUUAUUCAGAUAAAUACUAGGUCUUAGCUGGCAAUUUAUUUUUCCAUUGUUCAUUUCCUACAUACUGUGUAGAUUUGCUUAAGUCUCUUCUUCAGGAAGGUACAUGUAGAUGUUUAUAAAGCAUUACAUCUGACGAACCGUCUCUCAAUUUUUAAAUGGAAUAGCACAGAUAAUUUUACUGCUAGAAUAUCAGUCAUUGACCUUUCAAGCAAAAAGAUUGUAUUGCACCGUUUAAAUAAUAUACACAACAAAAAAAGUAAGUCCCCCCUAAAUCAUAUUGUUGUAACUUUUUAACAGAAUUAUUUUGAGAUAUGAUAUUUCGUAGGUGAUUUUCUACACUCAUUAAGCAACUCCUGGGGAAAAAUGAGAUUGAUCGGUUGAGUCAUGCAUGAGUAAUCAAAGAUUGAAAUAAAAAUGACAAUUUUUGAAAGUCACAAGAGUCGUUUUUCAGAUUGUGCAAAUAAAAAGUUGGGCAAAAGUUGUUUUUAGGUGAAUUUUAUGGUGUUAAUGCUGUUUUACUAUCCAUCAUUUAGCCACUCCACACACAAUUUUGAUAACGUAUGUUCAUGGUUGAUUGAGCACAAUAUUGCAGGGGCCGCGGAAGCGGAGUGGGUGGGGGGGGGCUCAGCCCCCUACUUUUUUCCAAAAGCAUGUACAAAAAUGUAAAAAUGACCAUACGAUUGUGAUUUUUUGCAUGGUCAGCCCCCCCCCCCCCCCACUUUUGGCUCAGCCCCUCCCCCCACACUUUGAAAAUCGUUCCGCGGCCCCUGUAUUGUGACGUAUCAUCAUAGGGGUUUUUGGUAGUAUCCUCUACAACUUGGUCAUGUUAAAAUUUGAAAAUGUUGAUGGCUCCCCCGAUUAUAGGCCCCUCCCCCAUUUUAAAAUUCUGGAUCAACCUCUGAUUUGUCCAUAAAUUAAACUGAUCAUGAGAAAUUGUAAGGAAAAUCAUACAUUUAUGCAGUAUAAAGAGUGUUCAUUCCUAAGUUUUCGAAUGUGCUCGCUCAACCAUGAAAAUGUUAAAAGUUCGGAAAGUGUGUGGUGAUAGAAAUGAUGGAUGAUAAAAACAACAGCAAUUAAAGUCACAUUUGAAACCGAAUUUGCCCCCAAUAUUCACCAUAUUACCCUCUAAAAUGAGUCUGUGACAUUGAAAAUACCCAUUUUCCCACUUUGAUGUGUGCCCACUCAUCCAUAAAUAAACAAAUCGAUUUCAUUUUUGCACAGAAUUCUGCCCAUAGGUUGAUAAACAUUACUGCCAAAUGACAUUGCUAAAGACAGCCUUGAAAAAAAGUUCCACCAUAUUGAAUAAGGGGAUACUUAUUCUUAAACAUAUGCACCCAUAAUGUACACAAGUCUAUGAGAGAGGAAGUCAAAAUUUUAACAAAUAUGAAAUGAGGGUUUGUUUUAUGGACGGUUUUUGUUACUUCUGCCAACAGUUAUUUCAUGAAACUUCGCACAUGGCUUCAGAGUAACACUAUCCAAAAGGCACGCACACCAAAAUAACCAUUCGAUACGGCACAGAGUGGGGCCAAGGCCUUGAAGUUUCUUCUAAUUUGCAUAAUUUUCGAAUAUUGUGUGCUCACUGAUGCAUUAAACAUCAGGAUUUUCAUAAAAAUCAAAUCAAAUGAACCAUGCAAGGAGGUUUGUGACAGAUAUCCAUAGUUACAAAUUGCAUUUUUUCCAAUAACGUAAAAAAGAGCUAAUCACAUUCCACAUGUUCAUUCAAGCGUGAAUGUUUAAUUGAACGCCUUCGAAUCAUUGAAGCAUGUUAAUUGGUCAU